UGCAUUAGUCGUCUGCAUCCUCCACCGGGGGCAGCACAGGACGCGAUCGCGCGACCCUGCCCUGAGCAGUCUCUCAACUCAUCUCUGACAAUAACAGUAUUUAAACGAGCUUUCUAAUUUAGAACUAUUUAGAACAAAGCCAUCGGAACGAUUGUAUUAUUUAUUUAUAACGAAAUGUGACGCGUCGAUGACAGAACCUGGGCAGCUUUUUACUCAUCGCAGUCCUCUGUCGAAGUAACCUUUAAUUAAACAUCAUUUGCGCUGGAAAAGGAAAUGAAUGAAAUGUGAAUCUCCCGUGUCUUUAUAUUGCUUGUUUUAUGUACACAACAGGUACAUUAAAAAGAAGUAGUACUUUGAUCGACAAGUAGGAAGUAAUUAUGGAAGUAACAGAAGACAGUAGCAAGCCGGCAGACUCUACGAAUACUUCUGCUCCUAAGGAGGAUAUUUUCGAGAUCACUUCUAAUUGGAUAAUUAGUAAUGACCGGUGCUUUCGGGAUACCAUUUCCACGGUGGCUCUGUCCAAAGCUAUGGGAAUGCCAAGCUUGGAGGAAAUGGUGUCACUGAAUACAUGCGUUCAGAUGCUGCGUUUACCGCGUGACGAAGACUGUUGUACAUGGGGCAUAAAAGUAACAAAUGGUCAAAAGAUUGCUCGCGUUGCCGUGGUCUCGGAAGCAUCUGUCCUGGAGUUCUAUAAGCAGUGUGGAGAAUAUUGGACCACUGCCGUUGCAGAGUUUGUAGAUGAAUUUGAUGACAAGGCUGUAUAUAUCACAGAAGUCUCCGUUGAGCCACCUUCGACAGAAAUUCGCAUCAAGUUUGUCAAGACAAAGUAUAAACGUCCUGUUAUGUGGCUCUAUGGAAUAAGGCUCGUUCUUACCGAGCCAAUGCCACCGGAAGAAAGGGAAGCAUUUGAUUUCAAUGUGAUCAAUAACUUCUUGCCAAAAUCUAAAUCCGUCUUAACAUUAGAAAAGACGAGAAAACUAAUACAAGUCUUCAGUACUUGUUCUGCCCAUCUUCCUAAGGAUGGUUCUUAUCAAGGAUGUCAUGCGAGUUCACAAUUAGAUUCCCAAUCACUGGAUAGUGAUAGCUUGAAAGUCGAAGAAAGCUCGAGGAAGCUAGAGAACCAUUCCAGUUCUGAGAUCAAAGACUUGGAUAUUCAAUCUUAUAUCGAUAAUAAAUUUAAGGAUAUAGAACAAAGACUAAUGCAACGAAUCGAACAACUGGAAUUCAGUGUCAGCCAGAAACUUGAUACGAUUUUAAAGAAAUUAGAAGAACCAAGGAAUUCAUCUUAACAGUCGCAAUUUUAUGUGUAACAUGUGAGCCAUACCACGAUGACAUAAUCAAAUUUGAGUAUUUUCAUGAAUUGCUAAUGCCUUUGUGCUGGUGAAUCAAGAUAUUUUUUACCCUUGUUGAACCAAUGUAUAUUUAUCAAAGAAUAUAUCAGAGAACAAGGUGGUUUUA